GACGAUGGAGGUCCCGCGUACCACGGGGACUCGGGGAGUCCACGAUGGACUAACACGGUCUACAACCUGAUUAACACUUUGCACGUGACCGCGUAUCUGCCUCGUGUUCGUUCAUGGUUCGAGUCUUCACAAAGAGUUGUGUGACUUUCCUAAUUCCUUCGUUUCUUCAAGUUCGACACCAUCACUGCCGCCGACGACGCCCUUCUCGUCGGUGCUCAUUUUCUAUCCUCGACGUGCUAGCUUUUCUCGACAUCGAUGAUAUCUUCAACAUCACCACCAACCAUAUCGCCCGCCCAUCGCGAGCAACGUAUCUCACCACCACAAACACCACCAAUGAUAGCGUUUGAUGACCCAAAGAUUCUAAGUCGUCGAGCAUCAACUUCGCCAUCUGAUGAGUCAUCUAUCAUCGAACUCUCAUUCGACUACGAGCUCGAUUCCGCGGGCAAUUAUGUCCGCGUAUCAAAAGGUUUAUCAAGGUCUAAUCAUUCGAGCCCCCCAACACCAAAUGAUGCUCUGCUUGACGGUGCUAUGAAGCCUUCUUCGUCUUCCCCGCCACAGGGGACCUCUAUUUCCUAUGCGUACACUAAACCUCCUUCACCCAUAUUACUCAAUUCUCCACUACCAUUGCGACGGAACUCUCUCUCGCGGUCAGAGAGCGCCUAUCCGUCACUUCAAAGCGGGAGUGGGGUUGAACCACUGCCACUUGCAGCUCAACACCGAGCUCAGUCAUUAGCCACAGGCAAUUCCGCUCGUUCAUUCCAACGGGUCGCGUCCGUACCCGCCACAUUGACGCCAGCUGCUUCUCAAUCAGCAUUACGUGCACCAUUGUCAAGUGGCCUUGCUGGGACUGGUCGAAAAAUUGGGCGUCCCCAACGUGUGCCUCGAGACGAGUACCGCGAACAACCUCCACUUACACUAGAUGAACGGGAGGAGCUGCGGGUGCGAGAGGAGUGGGAUAUGCGAGUACAGGAGGAGAAAGAAAAUCUAAUAACUAUUUCUGAUGGAGACGGCCUGUCGUCAGAUGGCGUCGCCCCAAAACGAACAUCCCCGCGAUUAACCACUCGUUCGGCUUCUGUGAGUCAACUCGACGGACGGGCAAUUUCUGGCCUCCCUACACGCGCAUACGGAUCAUCCACAGGCGCGCGCCAGCCGCUACAGCCUGGCCGGCAGAUCAUGCCUGGGCCCAAUCGUGCGGGGCGGGUAUUGAUGGGUAUGGGUGUCAAGUAUGGUGUGGGUUCGGGUGGGUUCGACAAGAUUAAUGAGAAUGAAGGUAGUGAGAACGAGUUUGCUCCCGACUAUGCAUGCGGUGAGACUGAUCUCAACACAGAUGAACCACAACCCGUAAAUGGCAUGCUUCCACACCGCAGCCAAGUCGCUCCUCUUACUGUACCGAGUGGCACGCGACCUCGCCGUUCAGCCAGUUUGAGUGAUGCCUCUGGAGACCGGCUAUCUCCGCGCUUGCUCCCAAGCCAAAAUCAACAACAGUACGCCCCACGCCCAGGGUCCAGCUUGGGCCUCAAUUCAGCGCGCAUCAGACGCGUGACGUCUGAGCAAGAUGAGUAUGCAGCAGAAUACGCACGCCGCGCAGCGGAAGAGGCACCUGAACCUUUCCCCCAGCCACAGCCCCGCCAGUCACCCUCCCCGACACACAUGUCUCAGGCGCACAUGCGCACCCAGACGCACCAUCGGCGCGACUCGGACACCGUCCGCUCCCUCGCGCUCAAUAACCCGCCCACCGCAUCCUCACCCACAGCGGUCGAUCGAAACCCAGGGACAUGGACAAGGGUAUCACCGGCGAAAUCCCACAGCACCCGAGCCACCAACUACGAGUGGGUCGUUAGCGCCGCCUCCCGGUUCGGGUAAAUCGAAGAAUGGGAAGACCUGGGCUGCGGGGGAUGAGCCUGCGGAUAGUGAGCCCGAAGCCAAAACUGCGUCCCGAAUGCGGCAGGCGCCCCCU